AGACAGAGAGAGAGAGAGAGACAGACAGAGAGAGAGAGAGAGAGCUAGUACAAACUCGAUGAAAUCGGUGUUUUGAUUUGCCUGCUAAAAAAUCUGAGGCAUUUAUAGUAGAUGACUAAUGCUGGGAUUCCCAGUAGUAUUGUAUAAUUCACCCUCCCAAUUCACGUUGCGAAAUACCAGUUGAGCUUAAUACUAAAUAUGAUAGAAAACAAAUAUCGCGAUUACAUGUCUUCGAUGUUUACAUGUACACUGAUGACGCAAUGUUAACCUGGGAAUCCCCACUUUGUCACAUGACGUGUCGCACUGGAGCACACUGCAAUUCAUGCAUGCACACGCGAUUGAGGCACUGGUAGGAUGAUUUUGGCGUUGUUCUCACUCGAUUUGCCUCAGCAGACUUUGGAACCCGGCCUCCUAGGUGCAGGGAUCAAUUCGACUUUUCAAGCUCAUCCCGCCUAUAGUAUUUAGUAAGGAAGCUGAUGAGAAUAUUCUUUUCUAGAUUCUACAUCCCCGGUCUACAUCACUGCCAAGUUCCAGUGCAGCUAUAUGCAUGUCUGAUUUGCAGGUUUGAUGAAUAGCAGUGGCAGUGUAGUGACAUCGAGUUGCUAAUAACAAGCAGAGACAAAUAAUGGAGGAACAGGAUAGUGAUACCCCUUUGUCUUCAGAAUCUGUCAGAGGUCAAGAGACUGCAGUUGCAAUUAGCCCCAGCUCUACCACAGGCACAGUGUCAAAGGCGUCAAGUAAAAAUUAUCCAACUGUCGAGAUGGAAAUAAUAACACACGUAUUUCGAGACCUCCUUGUGCAGUAUCUGGAUGCAAGAUGUGUAUCAAAUUUCCUUCGAUUUGAGUUGGGUCCUCGUUUUUCCUUGAUCUUUGAUGCAAGCAAAAGGAGUAGACGAGAAGGAACAGAAGAGCUGCUACAAGCAUUAGAUCAAAUGCAGGAGAAGAGAGGAGUUGCUAAGAAAUUCAUGGAUUCACUUAAGCGUUCAGGAAAUAAGUUUCUGCAUGAUGUGAUCAUCGGGAAAGAGAAACUGGAUGAUAGCUGGGAACUAAAAAAUCUCCUCCUAGACACUGAAGAAGAUUUAAUGACGGUCCCGCCGCUUGAGCUCUUGCCCCUCUUAAAAUGCUUUGAAAACCUUGACAAGGAGGCUGUUAGGGCAACUGAAAGAAACUACGGACCGCAAGUUGCCUGUGGCGAGCUGUUCUUGCGUCUUGGAGCCAAACAUCCAACAGUUAUUCAAGAGGUGAUCGACGGACUCCGAGACAUUGUUGGAUUCCAAUUGUUAGCCCAGAGUUUGGAGGAUGCAUACAAGGGUCGGCAUAAUGGAGCUGGGAGCAGUGGAAACCCAGAUGGCCAUGAUGAUGAUGAUAAUGGAGGACCAAAGCAAGACCCUCGUGACAAGAAGAGGCGGGAUGAUGAUGAUGAUGACGGCAAACCAGGUCCUGAUGAUGACAAGCCUGACAAUGGAGAUAAACCCGAUACCAGCGAUGCUACUGAUGGUGAUGAAGGGGUGUCUGGUGAGCAGCCAGGAAGGUCUGGUGAUGAUGCAGAUUCUGAUGGUGGCAACGUCCCCCAGAUGCUACAGUUCUUGAAACUACCAGAUAAAUCUAAAACUACCAGUUCAUCCAUAAGCAGUGAUGCAGAUACCAAAAACAAAGGGAGAUGUAACGAAGCUAGUUCAUUGAGUACCCCUAUGACUAUAGAGAGCCUUAACCUUCAUGACUACCAGGAGGAGCUAGCAGAGCACUCCCUCGCUGGCAAGAACUCGGUCAUCGUAGCACCAACGGGAUCUGGAAAGACUCGGGUGGCUGUAGCCAUCGCAAUAAAAGCCUUGAAAGAGCACGAAGGAGCCAGCCAGGCAUCAAACAAAGUUGUCUUUGUUGUGAAUAAGGUUGCCCUGGUAGAGCAGCAGAAGAAUGCCUUCCAGGAGUUCAUCCCUGAUGUUGUAGGAAUCAGCGGAGACAUGUCAUCUCAGGUUCCGUUGGUUCGUCAGCUAAAGAACGCUGAUGUCAUCGUUCUAACUGCACAGAUACUUCUCAAUGCUCUUAAGGAUGAUGAGAGUUUCUCCCUCUCCUUGCUACGUCUCAUCAUCCUGGAUGAAUGCCACAACACCCAGAAAGAAAGUGCGUACAACAACAUUAUGGCCUAUUACAGAGACAAGAAGAAAAUACAAGCAACUCUGCCACAAGUUGUUGGUCUGACUGCCUCUCUAGGUGUGAAGAAGGCUAAGAGGCAGACAGAUGCUGUGAAGCAUGUUCUCAAACUCUGUGCCAAUCUAGAUGCUGAGAAGAUAUCAAAAGUUGUCAAAUAUAAAGACAGUCUGAAGAGGAGCUACCACACACCUAGAGAAGAAACAAUUGGAGUGAGAGGGAGGGAUGAUCGUGACCCUUUCAAGAUCGAACUAGGCAAAGUAAUGGAUCGGAUUGAGCUGGCUAUCUUCUCAACUUCUGAUGGUAAGAAGAUUUUGGAAUUGCAGCGAGAGAUGAAAGAGAUGUCAUCUCAUCGAGGCACUCAACAAUAUGAAGGAGAGGUUACCAAAUUACUUGCAUACAUCCCUGUCAAAGUGAAGGACAGUGAAACAGCCAGAGUCCUGCAGGACUGUGCUAACUUCCUCAAGAUGUACAACCAAUCUCUGUACAUCAACCGAGAUGCGAGGACUAAGGAUGCAUUGAACCAUAUCAACUCCUACAUACAAGAUCUCAUUGACACGACACAAAACACACAGGACUCUGUGGACAAACUGAUUAAACUCUUUGAAGAAAUAAAACCUCAGAUAGAGGAGAUAUGUAGUGGCCCAAGCAACCAGAACCCGGUCCUACAGCGUCUAGAGGAGAUGCUGGUCCAGGAAUACAAAGAGAAGCCAGAGACCUUAGCCAUUCUGUUCACCAACACCAGGGAUUCUACGAGAGCUUUACAGGCCUGGAUCCAAGAGACUCCAUCUCUGGAAGACCUCAAUCCUGGCCAUCUCAUUGGGACUGGUGGAAGUACUGGCAUGACCCAAACCCAACAGGAACAGUUGCUAGCCAUGUUCAAGGAGAAAAAACACAAGCUGGUCAUCUCGACCUCUGUAGCGGAAGAGGGUCUGGAUAUUCAAAUGUGCAACCUUGUUAUCAGAUACAACUACGUCAGAGACGACAUUGGCAGAGUCCAAGCAAGAGGAAGAAGCAGAGCUGAGGGAGGAAAAUUCUACCUGGUGUUCAACUCACGCCUUCCCAAGCUAGCCGACAGAGAGAGGAUGAAUAAAGGUCGUGAGAUGAUGAUGGAGGAAGCUACCGAGACUGUGUGUCAGAUGAUCAAGAACCAAAAUAAGGAAUACCUUGAUAAUAUUGCUGAACUCCAGAGGUUAGAUGCCAGCGAGCGAUCCUUACACAUGUCUGGUCGACUAGCUGCUGAGAAGAAGAAAUCCGGACAAAAGUUACAUAGAGAAGUCAAACUUCUUUGCAAACACUGCCGUCAAUUCGCCUGCUACACAGAUGACAUCAGGUCCAUCAAUGGACAACACCACAUCGUCAUCGGGGAAGGCUUCCUGGAUCGCGUCAUCACUGAGAGACUGCAGGAGGAGAAGAACCUGUAUGGGGAUGUAACAGUGUCUAAAGAGGUACAGUGUAAACGAUGCAAGAAGCCGUUGGGCUUCAUGAUGAUCUUCAGAGAGCAUGAACUGCCUCUACUCGCUAUCAAGCAUCUAGUCAUCGAGCUGCCCAACAAGGCCAAGGUUCAUAAGAAGAAGUGGAGCGAAACAACCUCCAUCUUCACCAUCAAAGAUAUCGAUCUGGAAGCUUUAGCCGAGUUAGUGAAACUCCCUGAAGAGGAUGAAGAAUCCAUUGAUGGUGAUGAUGAAAAGGAGAAAUAGAAUAACAAAGCUAUGGGAGAAUCAGUGCACACACGUGACAGGGUGCUCUGCAUCAAUAAACUGCUGCAGCAGAAUCAAAUUUCUCUUGUAUGAAAAUGACCGGGAUGUGAGGGUGAAAAUAAGAAGCUGCCAACAAAAAAGCUCCCUAGGUGUGAUUACAUUUGUGGUAUGAAAUUCACACAUUUGAAGCAUUUUAUUUUGCUACAAUGGUUUACCACACGAUGUGAGUGGCAGGCUUAAGGAAGAUCGAGAUCUCUGAUAAACUCAGAAGUGCAGGAACACCAACCAGUACAAAAAUGAAAGAGUAAUCAUUUGAUUUCAGAAAUAAUGUUAUGUAAUAUCAUUCAAAGUAAUGUAUAAUGUGAAGCAGGGUUUAGCGAUAUCAUAUUGAAAUUGUUCCUGAUCUUGCAAUAUGCAUUUGUUAUUGUAAAAUUCUUCACGUUUGAGAAUAGAGUUCUUGAAAUUGCAGCUGAGAUAUUUGAUGAUGUUCUAACUCUGCUCUACAUGAUCAAACACAAAUUUUAUUGUAAAUGUAACACUUAAAGGUAAAGACCAGUUCUGGUCUUGCCAUUGUAUUGUGAAAGAAACGUUGUGGAAUCGAACAG